CCUCCUUUAUCAGAUCGCUUCUCCAUCACCAUUUUCGCUCUCGUCCACCAACUAGUGGGAUUGGACGAGGCGCCAUUAAAUUGCAAGUGGAAGGUGAGUUGCUCUGCCAUCAUUGAUCGCCGUCGUUAGGCUGAGGCAAGAAAUAGGUGGUGGAAUGCCCGCGGAAGAGCGGUAGAUCCAGACUUAUCCAUGCCAUUUCGGGUAGAGGUCAGAGGCGAGGAGGGAAAGGGGAAAGAGAAGAUCAGUUCAUGAACAAACUGGUGCGUCAGUGAUCAAGGAAAAACCUUGGCGGGGUAUCAGCUCACCUCUGAUUCAAACACAUGCAUAGAUAGAAGAGCUGUGGCAGUGAUUUGAGUGUUAAGGAAGACAUAAUAUGAGAUUGAUGAUAACUAACGCCGAAGCUACAAAUCCUGAGGCCUACCUAUCAUUGGGUCUGAGCACAUCAUGCAAGAAGGUUCCCAGGUUCCCAAGGAUAUUGUCCCUUAUAUCCUCAAUUCUUGAGACAACUGUCGCGAAGACAGAGAAUAAACUUGAUUCAUUUGAAAUAAAGGAAACUGCAAGUGUCUUCAGUGGUACAAGAGCACCAACACUUAGCAUACAGAGGUACAUUGAGCGCAUCUUCAAGUAUGCAAAUUGCAGCCCAUCUUGCUUUCUUCUUGGAUACAUAUACAUUGAGAGAUUCCUUGAACAACCAAACAUUUGUUUGACCUCCCUUAAUGUCCAUCGGUUGAUCAUCACAAGUGUUGUCGUCGCUGCCAAGUUUAUGGAUGACGCUUUCUGCAGCAACGCAUAUUAUGCAAGAGUUGGAGGGAUCAGCAUACUAGAAAUGAAUAUACUAGAGCUUAACUUCCUAGUCAGUUUAGAUUUCAGAGUUCAUGUGACCGUAGGCACAUUCGAUGCAUAUUGUUCACGGAUAGAAAAGGAAACCAAAACCUACCAGGUCGAGCGGCCAAUCAAGACUUGCUUCAUAAAUGAGUGGACAAACAUAGAAGAUGCAAAAAGCCGAGCAGUGGUUCGGAGAUACAGUUGCAGUACACUGUGAACAUUUGUUUCUUCGGAGCGCUUGAAUACGAAUGGGGAAAUAUUUCAUGUAUUACUUCGCAUAUCGUUCAUUAUUCAGAUCUCAUUCAUGCAACAAGAAUUUUGUAUGCAUCUGUGUUGUUUCUUGCACUAGAUAUCCAGAAUAUCAAGAGCCUGGAAACAAGAAACAAAUUUGGCUAUAUGGAUUCUGAAAUUAGAGACCUAGCUAGCCAAAGAAGAACCAGUGGAGUCAAUUAGUGGACCUCACUACAAUCGCCCAAUUAGUGGAGCCAAAGAUUGCAGGUGUCUCAUGCAUAUUUCAAGGGAGCCAAACGACAAUACAAAGUUCAGGAGUAAUAACAAUGUUAUCAAAUGAACUUGAACUUCCCGAUUUUUCUAAAUUUUAAUUAAAAAUUUAUCAGAUCUAGCUAGAUUAGGGUUAGACCAAUGUGGCAACUCUUGAUGAUUGUACUCUAUUUUCAUCAAACUAAAUGCAACAUGAUGAACUCAGAUAUUUAUAAAAACAAAAAUGGAAAUAAGAUGUACAUGGCAUAUCAACAAUAAAUUUUGUUUAAAUAAA